AUGCUCUGUGCUUGUGUGCAGGAGAUUGAGAGCUCUGCAAUCUUUGAUGGAGCCCAAGACGACGAUGCAGACGUCAAGCAAGACCCUUUCUCAAAACUCAGACCUUUUCUCCGAGAAGAGACUCGCGACCAAGCUUUCAACUUCAGCUCGAGGGCCUUCAUCCAGAAAGUAAUCAGAUACUCUGUCUCUACAGAACUACGCGUCUGCAUCUUCUUCAUCUGCCAUCUCGUGAAGAUUACGGACGCCAGCCUAGCCUCCGGGAAGGAGGACAAGGACACCAGUGGUAGACGAGAUUGGCUCGAUACGAAAGCUUCGGCGGUGAGUUUUCUUAGCAGCGUCAGCGCCUCACUGACGAAAGUGUUCAGCAAGGGUCGUGACAUUGAAGAAGCUGCGGAGCUUGUGGAAAGAAGCGCGCUAGACAUCGUCAUUGGUCAGAACUGGGCCGAGGUGCUACACGUCGUAGUGGACUCGGAACCAAAGUGUGGUGUCUCACUCCUGUCCCGUGUCGUGGACGUCGUAAUUUGUAAAACGAACGCGGCAAAAACAGACAAAAUGGCACUUCUUCAAGAUCAUAUAGAAGCAGGCAUGGCAGUGCUCACCAAGUACGCUGACCGAGAGUCGGGCGCCCAAAUCCUGGCUGCGUUUCUAGGAGGUUACGACGGAAACAAGAUCGAACAUUCAGGCGCUCCGCAGCAAAGAUUUCCAAGCGAGAAGCACCAGAAGCUCGUUCUACAGGCUUUCAACAUCAUUUCACAGUUGCAAAGCAGGGAGCUUACGAAAGCAGAGGUUUUGGGUGCGCUCAAGGUCAUCGUAUUCCUCAUGGCUCCACAAACUCCUGUCAGCACCAGGAUGGGAGACCAGUUGCAUUCUCUGGUGCUGUCUGUACGGUGGUCAGCGCAACUGCACGGAUCGGUCGAGGAAAAUGAGAGCACGUUAGACGGAAACGACUGCCUCAAGUGGAGCCUGAAGACUUGUGCGACCGUGUCCAGAAAGCUGAAUAUCAAAACCUGGACCGAAGCAGAGGAUUUGCUGCGGCUUCACUUCGUCUCCCUGUACCCCUCUCACAAAGAGGAGGUAAUAGAGCUUCUCUACAGCAUGGGAGAUCCGCUCAGACUUUCUGAGGAGAUUUUGAGAGCAUACGUAGAGGCUGGGGUGUUCACCAGUCCCCAGCAUCUCGGGACUCUCGUCCACUUCGUUCAGUGGAUUGGCGAUAUGUCUAGGAACUACAAGACUGCGGAGACGCUUUUCUUGAGCCAAAUGAGAGACUCUCGGCACGUGAAGGAAAGAAGGACCUCCCGACUCGAAGAUGGAUUCGAUUACAUGGACGAAGAAGACGAGAAAGCAAAUGAGGAAGGCGAGUCUCCUCUAAACCGACAUAUUUGGAGGUUUCCGUUCAAGAACCCACAGCGCACGUCUGGAUCUCAUGCAGUGCAACACUUCGCGGCCUCUCUGCUCGCCGGGGACUCGGUCCCGGGCUGCUACGUCCCUGUUCUGGCCCACCUCGCUUCCAACCGCGAACUUCCUACCCUCCUGCGAACAGCAGCUGUGACAAGCCUCGGAAGCUUCUUGCUUCUCUCCCCCGACCUUGCAAAGCAGCACAAGCAUUUGGUGCAGGAUCUCUUGAGAGAAGGGGCUCCGGAGAUGAAACUCGCAGCACUUGAAGUCGCUUCUAAGCUAGUUCUGCAAGCCCCAAACGAGUAUACGCCGGUCUUCGAGACCAUCCAGCAGCUGUUGCUAAACUCCGACGUCAAAGAGACGGCCUACUGCGUCUUCGCGGAACUCCUUCUACAGCAGAAGCUGAGAGCUCACGUGUAUCUGGGGGCCAUUACCGCUGGCUUGGUGGACAGCUCUGCCAGGAUCCAAAGCCUCAUGGUCUUUGUGCUUCAAAGGCUCCUUGAAGACUCGGGGCGUGCAAGGUACAAGAUCGUGGUCGACGCAUACAAGCAGAGCGCGCCGGAAGUCAGGACGGGCCUGCUGGAAACCUUGUUGGACGGCUUCCUGGACGAGAAGGAUCUGAAAGCGGACGACUUGGCGAGCCACGUUCUGCAGCUGCUGGUGCUCGGAACUGAAGGGGCUGCAGAGUUUGCCGCGCACUUGAGCCCUUCCGCAAAGGUUCUGCAACAGUUGGACGCCCACGUCCAGGCCUGCCCUCCUCGGAUCUCUCUCUCGAACGACCCGGAAUCCGUCGAAGCCCUCUGCAAGUUUGUCGCAAACCACCGGAAGCAUUCUUCCGCAACGACCGCAAGCAAGGAUCUUGUGAACAGGCUGCUCGACCACUUCCAGAAAAAGACUCGGAGGCGCAAACGACGUGCGGAGAUUAGCACUGCGCCAGAAAGCUCGUCUUUGGGAGCUAUUGAAGAGUACGCUAGAGCGGUCGACGCUUUCAACGAGAAGGCCGAUGCGAGCAGCAUAUAUGAGAUUAUUGGUGAUGGAUAG